UCACUUGCAUCAAGUUUCUCCAAUCACCGUUUCAUCGGUUUUGUAGCGUCGUUCGAAAGCUGUUCAAGCUUGUGUUAUUUUUGUUCUUGUUCUCUCUUCUGGGUUUUGUGUUUGAUUGUGAUAUUGCAAAAGGGGAAGGAAAAUGUUGGGUAUAUUCAAGAAGGGUCUGGCUCACCCGCCGCAGGAGCUCAACAGCCCGCACCCGUUGAAGAUCGCCACGAGGGAGCCCAAGUUCCCAAGGGAGAUCUUGGAGGAUUUCUUGGCUACCCAUCAGUCCAGCAGCGGCAAUGCCUUCUCGGUUAGCUUUGAAGACGGUGCUUUGCUCGCUUAUGCUCGCCCUCAGAAGUCCUACUCAGUCCAUCAAAGAUUGUUCUGUGGCCUGGACAACAUCUACUGCAUUUUCCGGGGCAGCCUGAACAACCUGAGCAGCCUCAUCAAGCAAUACGGCCUGUCGAAGGGCACGGAUGAGGCCAUGUUCGUGAUCGAGGCCUACCGGACCCUCCGCGACCGUGGCCCGUACCCAGCAGAUCAGGUCCUCAAGGAUCUGGACGGCGACUACGGCUUCGUGCUCUACGAUGGCAAGGCGGGGACCAUUUUCGCCGCAUCUGGAGCAGAAGAAGGGGUGAGGCUGUUCUGGGGGAUUGCAGCAGAUGGGUCUCUGGUGAUUUCGGACAACUUAGAGGUCGUGAAAGGGAGUUGUGCCAAAUCAUUUGCUCCAUUCCCACCAGGAUGUAUGUUUCAUAGUGAGCACGGAUUGAUGAGCUUUGAACAUCCGAGGAGCAAAGUGAAGGCGAUGCCGAGGAUCGACAGCGAGGGGGUCAUGUGCGGGGCCAAUUUCAAGGUCGAUGUCCAGUCCAAGGUCCACGCCAUGCCACGUGUCGGGAGCGAAGCCAAUUGGGCAAUUUGGGGUCAAAGUGCAUGAGACUCGGGGGGCCGGCCCGAAGUAGACUACCGACCAUUCGAAUAAUGUAGAUUCUUGGAACAAAAAAAUUGUAUUUAGUGAUUGAUCCAUUUUCAUUGUGAUAGGGAUUUUG